UAUAUAUUAUAUAUAUAUUUCAGUUAAAAAUAUUUAGUGUAUGUAUACAAAAAAUGAUACAUGGAUAUGUCGCUGCCUAGAUAUGCCAUGGUGCUGGAAGAGGGCACCAAAAAAGUGGACAAUGCAGUAUUUUUUCAAGCCCUGUCACAAUUAGAUGCCCGGGACCCAAGUAUACUUCAGGAAUUUAUGGACAAUUAUCGAAAUGUGAAGAUAAAAGUUAUUGGCUUAAGUGAUUGCUUACGAUUUCAUGAACGGAUUUCUGAUUCACCAGAAUUUGAUCAGUUUGCUGUCGAUUUAUGGAGAGAAUUUUACAUUCAGGAAGAUAUCAUACAAAUAGCCUUUCUUGAAGAUAAAGAACCUAUUGAAGGUCUUUUCAUUGGUGCAAGUUCGGGUCGAGUUUAUUUGUGUGGACAAGCAGAUGAUUUCUCUCAGCAAAAGGUACUUUGCAUGGCUGCAAAUCUUCACAAAUUAAUAUGGCGAGGACCGCAGCAACCUGUCACUUACAAGUCAGGAUGCAUGUUGGAUAGCUGCUAUGGUUGCUUUGAUCCUGUUGUGAGACACAGAAUGUUUCGCUUUAAACAAUUUUAAAUACUUUGAAUAAAGUCAUUCUUUUCUGUUUAAUGUUAUGGAAAGAAAAAUAUUUUUAUUUUUGUAUUAUUAUUUUUAAGUUAAAUAGUAAAUAAAAUAUAUAGUUAUUGUUUACAUUCGAAAUACCUUACGUGUACGAAUUUUCAAGCAUUGUGCAAAAAUCUGGAAUAUAUAAAAAGUGUAGCUAUUACAGGGUGACCACUACUUCUGGAAAAAACUCUUGGAAAUGCAAUAUACUCCUGAAAAAAAUUCGGAAAAACCCUGGGAAAUGUAUUUUCCAAUUUUUUUGUUUAUAUUCAGUUUUAUUAGUCGUUAGGUUAUUGGAAUUCUACUUUUUUUUGCUUUGUUCUUUCUCAUUAAAAUUUCUGUUUUUGUCAAAAGUGCUUCUAAAAAAGUUUUGAAAACUUCUGGAACUUACUUUUUGAAACCUCAAAAACAGUAUGUGCGAAAAUCAGAAUUUUUUAAAGUAAAUACCUUUACUCUUUUUACUAUUUUUAAAAGAAAAAAACUUCGCGUCUUCGGUGUGAAAGUAGUGCGUCUGAAAAUUAGUAAGAACUUUGUUUUGGUGUUGUCUGUUCCUUCCGCUAUUGAGAAGCAUCCUUUUCUGAUGUUAACAUAUGUAAAAACAAGAAACAAACAUUGACAAUAUUAUACUUACGAUUUAUUUUUAUUUCAGUUUGUUUUAAAAGUUGGGAAAGUAAAUUUGUGUAUUUCACAUUUCUUGUUAAUCAUACACUAAUUUUCGAUAUUUUGACGUUAACGAAUUUUUACUGUGAAAAUCCUUCCAUCUAUAUGUUUAUUUAUCAGAUAUGAAUCUAAAUUAUAUAUAGCAUAACUCAUGUAAUUUGAAAUCUUAGGGAACAAGGAAUUUGUAAGGAUUGCAUGUGCA